CAUUCAUCUGUAAAACAGGGAUAAAAAGCACCUACCUGGGGCGUCUGGGUAGCUCAGUCGUUAGGCGUCUGCCUUUGGCGCUGACCGUGAUCCCGGGGUCCUGGGAUCUAGCCCCACUUUGGGCUCUCCACUCCGCGGGAAGCCUGCUUCUCCCUCUCCCACUCCCCCUGCUUGUGUUCCCUCUCACGCUGUGUCUCUGUCAAAUAAAUAAAAUCUUUAAAAAAAAAAAAAAAAAAAAAAGCACCUGCCUUCUAGAGUACUAAGAAAUUUUAAAAAGUAAUACACCUACAAUGCCUAGAACAAUGGUUGACACAUAGGAGCACUGGGUGCUCAUCAUUAUUGUUAUUACUGCAACUUCUUAUUCUAGCUUCUCCUUCACCUCUCUGUGCCCACGCUGUCCCUCCUGGCCAAUGGUGCCCCACCCAAACUGGCAGGUUUGGGUCUGGGAGACACUUAGGAACAGGCCACAUGCCCCACACCCUGGACUUCAUCAGCCCUCGCCCAGGCUAGGCCAAGCCCUGGUUUAGCCAGGGCAGGUUCCCAGAACCUUCUGAGGGCCUAAGGCAGCACCUCCGCAGGUAGCCCCAGCCUGGGUCCUUGCUGUUGUGACAUCACAGAGGCCCUUGGUGACAUCACAAAUCUUUCAUCUUUCAUCCUGCGACUGAGCAGGGGUUGGGAAGACCUUGUCAAGGCUGAAUCCAGAUGAAGUUAGCCCCUUCUGUCCUCAGUUUCUGCUCACGCGCCCCUACCAAUGACCCCCAAGGACCCAAAUUGGGCAAUGAGUGUAGGCUACACCCCAUUAUCCGUUUCCUGGAACCAUUAGGUGCUCCCACCAUAGCCACUGUAAUGUCACAGGGGCUUCGGUGAUGCCUUUUCAGAGGACUGUGCAGGCAGGGCUGUCAGCUGGGAAUCAGGAAGGGUGUCUUGGCCUGAAACCAAGAACCAAAAUGGAGUUGGCCAUAGUGUGCCUACCUUUCAGUACCUCUCUCUCCCAUCCCUACUCCCUCACCCAGUUCUGCUUAGUCCCUCCCCACCCCUGGUCAUCAGGGUAUAAAUGGGGAAGGAGGGGCCACCAGAGGCAGGGAAGGGAGGGACCUUUGGGAUUAUAAAUUCCAAAAAGGCCACUGACUCCCAGAGCUGGAUCCCUGAAACUCUACUCUGUCAGCUGCUGCACUUGCUACCAUCCCCGGGGACCUUCAUCAUGAAAGGCUUUCUGCUGCUCAUCCUGUCUGCUCUGCUCUGCUGGGUCUCAGCUGAUAUUCGCUGUCACUCCUGCUACAAGGUCCCUGUGCUGGGCUGUGUCGACCGGCAGUCCUGCCGCCUGGAACCAGGACAGCAGUGCCUGACAACGAAUGUGUACCUCGGUAAGAUGUGGGUUUUCUCCAACCUUCGAUGUGGCACACCGGAAGAGCCUUGUCGGGAGACCUUCAACCAAACCAACCACAAGCUGGGCCUGACCUAUAACACCACCUGUUGCAACAAGGACAACUGCAACAGCCCAGCUCCUCGGCCCACCCCAGCCCUGGCCCUCGUCCUCCUCACCUCUGUGGCCGGCCUUGGCCUCUGGCUGCUGCACUGAGACUCACUCCAUAGCUGUCCCUCCUCCCACCUACCUUAGCCUGAGUUUAGCCUUAGGUCUCCUUGUCCCCCGGCUCCCUACACUGGUCUCUCCUUAACUCCCUUCACUCAGAAUAGCAUUUCUCCAGGCUCUUCACAUUUCUGUAAUUACACAGCGGUCUCCCCACCUAUCCUUCCACCUUACAUCCUCCGCUGACCUUCUCCCGAGUCCCUUCCUAUAUCCCUCUAGACCAUCCCAGAUCCUCCGGUGGUCCCAGAAGAGCUCCGCACUUUGCGUCCUGCCCUCUACCGUGCCCCGCUUAGAGAGGGAUGGAGAUCUAGGCCUGAAAUGGGACUUUUGUCCUGUCCCCCGCAAAGGCUCCCAGGAAGGACUGAUGACCUCACUGUAUGGGGUUGAUUCCCCAAACCCUCGCUCCAUACGUACCUCAUCCCCAUGCUCGCCUCUUUGCAUUUUGAGUAAUAAAUGUCUAUGUCCGAUAAA